ACUGUUGGAACACAAUACUGGACUUUACACUGUCGUAUCCUGUCUUCUGAGCAACUAUUCCAGAUCAAGAAUUACAGUGCUAGAGGUGGGGCAUUCACUGGAGUGAUGGAGGGGAGAACUAGGAAUAUAGAGAGGACAGUGUGUUGGAUGAUUUCCCAUCAUGACGUUGUGAGAGUGAUUCGACAACAUACAUCUGUGCCUGUGCAUACUUUAGAAUCCAAAUUCCAUGAUUUUAUAUUUGAAAAAAAAAAACUCACAUUACUAUAAUUGACAAAUACCCUUGGCUGUUGAAACAUCUUUUACAACUGUACUUUUUAUUUGAAUAGACUUUCUUUCUACUUCUACUUGCAUUUCCAUCUUGUGGGUGUAUGUGUGGACGGAGCGUUAUUUUUGUAUGAUUAGGCAAGUGAUAUUUUUGCUCAGUUAAUCAUUUUCUUGUGAAGUGGUCACCUCAAAGGUGUUAUUUGUCUAGUUGCAAGUGACAUGGCGUCUGCUUCUGGGUGACCAAGAUGGAUUGAAACUGUCGCUCUAAUUCCCAUGGUUGAUAGUGUCUCUUUGUGGUUGUGUGAAUGAGUCGAUGGAUGAGCUCAGUUUUUAGUUUCAUGCCCAAAUAAUGAGCUAGGUGACUUCAACUGGUAUUGUUUAAGCUUUCAACCAUUAAAAAAGUAAAUAAUUCUAAUUUUGUCUAUAAUUUAAAUAUUAAAUUUUAAUACCAAAAAUUAGAAGAAAAAAAAGUAAAAAUUUUAAUUUAAAAAAAAAAUACUUUCUAUCAAAGGCUAGUUAAAACACUAAAAGAUAGAAAAUAAUUCAAAAUUUCUUAAAACGCAUUAGGCAUAGAAAGUCUGUGGAGAAAAUAUUGUUAAAAUUAAUACGAAAAAUAAAACAUUUAACUUUCAUCUACAUUCAAUCCAAAUCUUUUGGCUUCACAGAGUGCUCAUCAACACUUUGAUAUCAUUUUUAUUAUUUCCUUUUUAGAUCUUGACAUUAAUUCUCACUGGGCCUUCUUCAGUAGACAAAGUCCUCGAUGCUUUUACCUCAAUGAGAAUUCAAUAUGCUGAGGGUACACGCUUCAAGAUGCUCAUCAACAUGAUGUACACACGAGGUGUUUCCCAUGUACUCUUUCAGGUAGUGUCUUAUUAUGACUUCAUAAUGUUGAGCCAACAUCUAAGUAAAGCAUUUAGGGUUUACUUUAGGUAAGAAAGUCUUUAGGCAUAGAAAUUAUUUGUCCAUAAAUGCAGCAAGGUUUUAUAAUACUUUUUAUUGGUAAAGCCAUUAAGUAAUGCUGCCCUCACUUGCUUCAAGUUUAGUUAGUUGCACUGAAAUUGUUUUUAUCACACAGGUCAGUUGUUUAAGAUUACUAAAUUCCCUUCUUAACUUAUGCAAAUCUGCUAAUAUGAGAGUCUACCUACAGUAUGAGAUGGAAGAAGCAGGCCUGGACUGGAAUCGGAUACAUGAGGUACAGUACGAUAUAUAGGCCUACAGCUUUGAUCGCAGUACCCCUGGACAUUAUUCCGUACAGUAUAAUUUAAUGAAACAAAUCAGAUGGUAAAUUUAGUUUUGUCUAAAUAUUACUUUUUAAUUGUAGGAAAUUGAGCAUAUAAAACCUCAACUAAUUCACAGAUUUCAUUUUCCACAUGUUGAAUAGAAACACUAAAAGCAAAAGAAUAGUUCUUUUCCCUGUUAGCAUAAUUUUUUUACUAGAAUCAUCAAAUUUGUAUUUCCUAUUUUUAAUUAUUUCCUUGUAACAGGUGAUUUUGUCAUUAAAAUGCACACAUUUUUUUUUCAGGGUGCACAAGGAGUUGGACUUGAAUAUGAUGAUUUAAAAAAAGAAAUACUGGAGUGGAAGCUGCGUUACAUUGAUGUAAGUAAUAAAAGUGUAACAAAAAUUGUAAAGCUCAAUUAAGUCUAAUUAUAAAUAUAUUUAAAAAAUUUUCAUUUAAACACACCUGUACCCUUAAAUAGCCAUAAUAAAAGAUAAUUAUUUUUUCUAUAGAUAUUCAUCAUGAGAAAUAGUUAAUAAGAUUUAAAAAUUUACCUUUUCUAACAAUUUAUUAGUGUUUCUAGAAUUCUCAACAACAAAAACUCUUGUAUAUUCCUUCAUGUUGUAGGUAGAUUCACUGCUACGAAAGAUAAAGGUAAGCCAAUUUACAACAAGUUAUGUGUAAUUCACUCAUGGCUUGUAUCAAUUAUUUUCCAUUACUUAUAGUUGAGCAAUGUUUGUCUUCCUUUAUAAGUCAAAGUAAAGUAACAUUAACACCCAUAUGUUUUUUUUAUUUAAAACUGAAAUAUCCAAUUGUUCAAUAUCUGAAUUUAAUGUUAUUCUGUCUUUUAAAUUCAACUUUCCAAUUUCGUCCUCAGAAUCGGUAAUUUAAUGCAUAAAUAUUCAUAGUGUCAUUCAACCUGCAAUAAUAUUCUAAAUUCUGCGUCCACAGGCUGACUUGAAGUCAAACCACGCAGGAAGUGCUCUCACUGAAUUUAUUUAUGACCAGCACUUUGGACCCAUUUACAGUGAGAGAAAUUUACCAAUAUGAUUAGUAGCAAACUCUGGACGAACAUUUUUGGUUUCUCUUGAACUUUUAAUUUUGAUUAGGGUGACCUAUGUCCUUUUAUUUUAUUGUGAUUUUUAUUUUUUUAAGGAGAGAAAAAACAUUUGAUGGUGUGCCUUUGUUUUUGGCUUUGAUGUCAACUAUGGCAAUUUAAUUUAAUGCUCACCAGUGGCACAUAGUGCUAUUAUUGAAUACAUUAUUGAUUUAAUGCAGGCACACAACUUGCAAAAAUUGAUGAUUUUCCUGACCCCCAAGGACUAAAUGGACAAAAUGGAUGGAGGCCAUUAAUACAAGAAAUUGUAAGUACACUGUUAUUUAAAUUAUCAUUUCAGACCCGUUCAAGGAGUCUGAAAAUGGUAUUAAUUCUCAUGUCAACAUUUUAAAGGAAUACAUCAAAUAUCGGGUGAGUUAAUCAAAUAAUUCUGUAGGUGUGAUCCUGUUACAAACUACAUAAGUAGGGCUUAACAGUUUUCUAACAGUAAUAUUGUUGGAGUAUUUUAUAUGUGAUAUACAUAUAAUAAAUUUAUUAAAGUAAUUAUUUUAAUUAAUAAUGAGGAAUAUUGAAUGUACCUAAUGAAAUUCUUGGGCCAACCAUUGUUUAGAGUGUCAUGUUUCAUGUUAAUUGCAAUCUUGUUAAUAAUUUUUCUGUCUAUAAAAUUUUUAUUCUUUUAUGUGUUCAUAAUAAUUCCAUUUGCUACAGGAUAUCAAAAGAGAUUCAGACCCAGCAUUAUACUUCCCCAAGCAAACAUCCUCAAGAAACUCCAGUCAGAUUGUACAAAUAGAGGUCCAUCCCCCGAGACCUUCCAACGACAGCUCCAUAACUGACCCACCAUUACAAGACUCUGAAAACUUUAGCCCACAAGAGACACCCAGGGGUGCUACCGACCCACGAGAUCCUUACCCCCCCAGAGAAAAAACCAAGCAUUUAGCAAAGAGAAUAUCUUUUUCCAGUGAAGUGAGUGAGUCUCAGAGUCAGACUGGCAAACAGUAUGAGGGUUUAAAUGGAAGAAAUGAGGAGAUGAAUUGGAUGCUGAGGCAAGGAAAUUUUGCAGCAAAUGCAGGUCGAGAUGAUGGGGAGAGCGGACAUAGAGGGCAGGAGAGGAGAAAAGGAGUUGGCCACAGAAAGGAUGACAAAGGUGGGCAUUUUGACAGUGGUGUAAGCGUUGAUUAUCAGGAUGGUGACCCACUGACCGGGAAUUACUGGGAUGACGACAACAAACAGAAUUCCUAUCUGAAUGGAGGAGUCGAGAAGGAAACAGGAACCAUCAUGAGAGGAAAUGGUCUUAAUAAUAACUCAGCUAGCGAUUCAAAAAAUUUCAAGGUCUACACUCCAAGAGCUCUAAGUGCCC